CUCUGUCAGCUGCUCAUCCUGGCACACGCGAGCAAUGACGUGGAUUUUCAUCCAUUGCAGUAAGUGGUAAAUCUGUGAACGGACUCUGUUCAUCUACUCUCUGGAAUCUGGAUUGUUUCUAAGCAUCUUAUCUGUAAAAAACAACAUCAACAUGAGUAAAGGCAAAGUUGAGAACCUUAAAGACAACAUUGAUGGCAAUGAGGCAGAUCUCAGUCUCAGUAACCUUACAGAGGUGCCAGUAAAGGAGCUGGCUGCAUUUCCAAAGGCAACAAAGUUGGAUCUGUCGUGUAAUAACCUCACAACCCUGACUGUUGAAUUCUGCAGCUUGACUCACCUUAUCAAAAUUGACCUCAGCAAGAACCAGCUAGUCAGCUUGCCAGAAGAAUUUGGACAACUUAGUAACCUUCAGCAUCUGGAUUUAUACAACAACAAACUAAAAAUGCUUCCGGUCAGCUUCUCGCAACUCAGGAGUCUAAAAUGGCUGGAUUUAAAGGAUAACCCAUUGGAACCAACACUGGCCAAGACUGCAGGGGAUUGCUUAGAUGAAAAACAAUGCAAACAGUGUGCGUCUAGGGUUCUCCAACACAUGAAGGUCUUGCAGGAGGAAGCAGACAGGGAGCGAGAACGUCGAUUGUUAAAAGAGAGAGAACUAGAAAAGAAAAAAGAAGCUAAGCAGAGAGAAAGAGAAGCCAGAGAAAGAGAGGCACAGAAAAAGAAGAAAGCUGAGGAGAAAGAAAAGAAGAGGCUGGAGUAUCAGGCUCAGAUGGCUGCUCUCGCUGCACAAGAACAACAGAAAAAGAAGAGGGAAGAGAAAAAGAAGAAAGCUGCUCAAAAUCAAGGCAAAAAGGCUAAAUCAGAAUCUGUGGCCAAAGGCAAGCGGUCCAUCUGCUCCUUGUUCUUCUUUUUCCUCCUAAAACUCCUUCUCCUGCUUAUUGUCGGAAUUUCAAGUGUUUUAGCAGUUUGUCAGUUUACUGAACUGAGGAAAGAGGCAUACUGUGUUCCACUGAACCUACACUUUGAAGAGACCGUGAGAUGGGCUCAGGGACUGGACAUUGUGCAGCAAGUCAUUCAAAAAUGGUCUGAUCUCCGAGGAUAAAAUGUAAAAAGACAUCUGUCAACGAUCCAUCCUGCCCUGGAUCUGAACCAGCAGGCGAUGCAUUGGGACCAAGUCACAGAUCUGUCUGCAGAAAUUCCUAUGGAAUUGAUUUUCUCUUAUUUUUAAAAACUGCCAUUUAAUACUAUGGAUCAGUCUGUGAAUCAAAAUUGGUACCGUAUGUCUAUAAACUACCAAAAACAGGACAGGAAAGAACUUGAAAUCUUCAAGAAACAGUUUAUGAAUAACAUUUGUGAGUUAUGCAACAUUGUACAACAACAUCUUGUAAUAAAACUUUUGAUGAUUUUGAUACGCUCAUA